AGAAUUGAGAGAUAUCUGUUUUGCAAGUGAGGUUUGGUUUGAAUAUGGUUACUCAUCCCUUUACUCAGUUGGGUGAGUUUGGUAAAGAAAACAAAUGAGUGACAAACAAGAAAAAAUUCUCAGGAUCUCCUCUAGCUUUAUAUAAAUUCACAAUCAUCAUGAUUCUCUCUAGCAUGACAAGCUCUUGAAAAUGGCUGACCUCACUGAAAUUGAUCAUCUUGCUUCUGCUAGGAUGUUCCUGAAAACCAGCUUAGAAAAUUCAAGAGCUAUUUCCUCUGCUCUAGAUAAAACUGGGCAAAGAUUGGAGAAGAUAAACCAGACAUUGCCUUCCUUGAUGGGUUCCGCUGCUCCACUGUCCACAUUUUCUGCAAUUAAAGACCAGAUUGAUCAUGGGAUUGGCCCUGCCAUGGCAGUUAUAAAGGUAUACAAUGCCAUUCAGGAGCUUGAACGGUCAAUCUUAUUGUACAAUCCAGGCUCUGAUCUUUCUGCUUAUCUCUUGCUCGUUAAAAAGCUUGAACAAGGAUUAAAAUUUCUGGCUAGUAAUUGUGGGCUGGCAAUUCAAUGGUUAGAGGGUAUUCUUCAGUUUCUUGAAGAUAAUAUGGUUUCCAAUGAUUUUUAUGCCUUGAAAGUUAGUAUGUGUUUAAAUCUUCUGCAAAAGUUGCAAGGAAGUGAAGAACAAGCUAAGCUCAGUGGAGGAAUUCUCUGUGCUGCAUUUUGCAAACUUGAAAUUGAAUUCAAGCAGCUUCUUGCAGAAAAUUCCAGUCCUGCUGCUUUCCCUUUUUUCGUUGGAAAACAAGCCUGUAUUGCUUCAUCACCUUUGCCUGUUGCUGUUUUGAAGAAGCUUCAGGCCAUUAUUGGUACACUAAAUGCCAGUAACAGGCUUGAGAAAUGCGUAUCAGUUUUCGUGCAAGUUCGGAGUAUGAAUGCAAGAAAAAGUUUAGAAGCUCUUGAUUUGAAUUAUCUUGAAAAGUCAGUGACAGAACUUGAUGAUGUGCAAGAGAUAGAAAGCUUCAUAAAUCAAUGGUGCAAUCAUUUGGAGUCUGCUGUGAAGAAUAUUUAUGAAGUUGAGUACAAGCUCUGCAAUGAAGUUUUCCAAGAGAUUGAAUCAGAUAUUUGGAUGGGUUGUUUUUCCAAGAUUGCUAAACAAUCUGGGAUUCUUUCUUUCCUCCGAUUUGGAGCAAGAGUAGCAGAAUGCAAGAAAGAUCCUGUCAAGCUCUUGAAGCUAUUAGACAUGUUUGAGUGUCUUGAAAACUUGAGAGCAGACUUCAACAGGCUUUUCAAAGGUGAAGACUCUGCUGAAAUCCAAAACCUGACAAGGGACCUCAUCAGGAAAAUUGUCUGUGGUGCUAGUGAGAUUUUCUGGGAAUUUCCAUUUCAAGUGAAGCAUGAAAGAGGAAGUUCUUCUCCUUCAGAUGGAGGUGUUCCCAGGCUAGUAAGCUUUGUAACAGACUACUGUAAUCUUCUUCUCGGCGAGGAUUACAAGCCAUUACUGAUCAAGAUUCUAACAAUUCAUCAAAGCUGGAAAAAUGAGGAGUACAAGGAGACACUUAUUACAAACCAGAUACAUUGCAUAAUAAAGGAAAUUGGUUUAAACUUAGACACAUGGUCGAAAGGCUACGACGAUCUGUCGCUCUCCUAUCUUUUCAUGAUGAAUAACCAUUUCCAUUUCUGCAAUUUGAGAGGAACAGAAGUUGGAGAAUUGAUGGGUGAAUCAUGGGUCAGAGGUCAUGAGCAGUACAAGGACUAUUUCAUGACACUUUACUUGGGAGAAACAUGGGGGAAGAUUGUUUCUCUUCUUAGCCAAGACCAGGAAGAUUCAGACUCACCUGCAAGUGUUUCUGUGAAGAAGAGGCGGCUCAAAGAGUUCAAUGAAGCACUGGAUGAAAUGUAUGAGAAGCAAUCUAAAUGGGUUGUCCCCAGUGAGAAGUUGAGGUUAAAGAUUUGCAGAGUGGCUGUGCAGGCUUUUGUGCCUGUUUAUAAGAGUUUCUUGCAGAGUUUAAGCAUUACAGAACAGCAAGAGGUGAAAUAUACAGCACAAGGCUUGGAGAGUAUGCUUAGCUCUCUGUUUCAGCCAAAGCUUAGAAUGUAUAGUACCAACAACAAACAAACUCAUUGGAUUGAUGAAGUGAAAAAUAUUGAGAAAAAUCACUUUCAUCAAUUUACUCUUAUGGCUGUGUAGCUCUUUCUGUUUCUUGUUUUAGUUUUAUAUAUUCAAAUUAAUUGCAAAGCUUACCAGAUGAGUAGAAUAGCAAUUAGAAUAAAAUGAAAAAGAUUUAGAAAUUUAAUUUUACCAAU